AUGGACAGACUCCAAAGUCUGCUUCCAAAGUCUUUAGAAGAUGUGUGUCGAAAUAUAGCUUCAUAUUUUCACUUAUCUCCACUACGAACAAAGAAUUUUCAGGAAUUUCAAGAGUUCUUUGAUAUUGAAAAACAUCAGCUUCCGAAUGCUGGACAAACCAGGUGGUUGUCAAUGAAGAUGUGUGUUGAUAGGAUUAUCGAACAAUAUGAAGCCUAGAAGCUAUAUUUCACAGGAGCAGCACUUGAAGAUCCUACACAUACCAAUGAUAACAUUCUGAAGAGUCUCAACAACAAAUUUACCCUGGCAUAUCUUCAGUUUAUGGCCUUUAACCUUGGAAGAUUUGUUUCUUUUAAUACCUUGUUCCAAAGUGGAAUUCCUGUCCUCUACUUGCUGGAAAGUGAAUUAAAAGCUCUGCUGACUUCAUUAUUAUCAGAUUUCAUGAAGGUACAUAUUAAUAAUAAUGAUGUUUCAAUUACUUAAAAUAUAUUAUUGAAUAGGGAGGGCAAGUCACCAGUCAAUUUUUAUCACUUUAACUGUUAAAUUUUUUAUCACAUAGGUAUCAUUUAUACGACAAGCUGAUCCAUGGCUUAUUGAUAUUAAUGACCAAGAGCAUUAUGUCCCACUGAACCAUGUUUAUGUGGGACCUUGUGCAACAGACACCAUGCAAACUAUUAAAGAUGAUCUUGGUGUGGAUCAUCCUGGUAUCCAGCUAUUUUUUACUCGUUAUAGAAACUUUCAGAUUGAAGCUGUGAAGUUUUAUCACGAUUCAAUGAUUGUGAUAAGUUUGACUUCUUAUCAUUCCUCACACCUGUUUCUGCUUAUGCACUGUCUCCAGUAUCUUUGUUGCAAGUCUAUAGACAAUUGCCACAGCUUAACGAUGUUGCAGACUUGCAAGAAGCUGAUAAUGAAUGGCAGGCAACAUGCACUGUGCCCCAACUUGAAUGGAGAAAUGAGUUUUCUGGAAUAUUGGACAGUUGUUUUUAA